CAGACAAAAAAAAAAAGGAUAGAAAGGAACGGAGAAAGUGAGAGUUGCAAAUAUUUUGGUGCAAGAAAGUGAGUGCAAGACAGGCGAGUGCAGGAAAGAAAGCCGAAAAGAGCGAGAGAAGGAUGGUGAGGACUGUAAAGUACAUUCAAGACCAAAAAGUAGAGGAAGAAGCAGACAGGAAGAUUUAAUGGGCCAGAAACAGGAAGACGAAAAACCAAAAAGGGGAGGAUGCAGUUGUUUCGAAACUGCGCUCAUCUCCGUUUGGCGAAGUUACUUAGCAAAGUCCUACGAGCUUUUACGGUGUCUUCAAUAUUUGUGUCCCAGCAGGUGAUAUGACACUGGGGGAGGACGUGGGGGACCCGUGUCACUCUCCCUGACCAUGGACGGUCAUAAGCGUCAGCAGACGAGUGUCAGCAGCGACGACGACGAGAACAUUUUUGCACGGUACAUGGAUGAGAAUGGAGUCAUUGGGAUGGAUGAAGAGGGGCUCCUGGAGCUGGACGGUCAAGGCGACCUAGAGCUGCUGGACGAAGAUGAGGAGCAGGUGCUGGCGUUCGAUGAAGAGGGAAUGGUGGAAAUAGACCAAGGGGAUGGACCUUAUCCAGGGGAACCCUCAGACGAUAACAGAUCAGGGGAUCGCAGCUCAUUGGAACACCCCAGUAGAUCAAUAACAUUGCCAUCUGCAUUAAAUCGUCAUCCCCCAAGUAGGGACCAACAACUGGACAUGACUGAAGAUGAAGUGGAUCGAGGGAGUUCGCUGGGAGCAUGGGAUGGGGAUGAAGAUGACAACUGGAACCAAGGACAGUCAGAACUUCUCGAUAAAAGUCCUGUACAUGGAAGGUAUGGAGAAUAUGACCAUACAUCACUAACAGAAGAGCAAUGGGACCAGAACCCUGGGAAUGUGGUAGAUUAUUCUGAUACCCCAGAUAAUGGGGAAGGUCAAAGUGUCACUGAAUCCUUAUCUCCAUCAUCCCCUCCCGUUCCCAGCACUUGGGACAUUGGACUCAUGAAUCCUUUUGGUAGAUUAAGCAUUACCCCUCGGAUAGAAGACGAAACACUCCCAGAAUCUUCCUGUACAGAAAGUGGGGGAAGCCCAGAAGCCAUACCAAAUCAAAUCCCUACAAACAUCUCCAACCUAACCAGGGACUUCAAACAGGCCCGGACCGAAAGAUCUAAGCCCACCUCAACACCUUCCAGAACACAGAAUGCAGAGCCCACCAUUGUGAAGAAAAACAAGCACUUUUCCACGCCUAAGUAUGGCAGAGGACAACUGAACUACCCCUUGCCUGAUCUUUCCAAAGUUGGUCCCAAAGUCAAAUUCCCCCGUGAUGAAGAUGGAUAUCGCCCUCCUCAGCCGCGCAGACCAGAAAAGCCAAGCCAAGGAGCUCCUGUUAUCUUCAAGUCCCCAGCAGAGAUAGUAAAGGAAGUCCUACUCAGCAGCACAGAAAAACCUCUUCACGAACCAGUUGUCCCCCCUGCGGUACCACAAGAAUUCAAGACCCCGCAACAAGCCACGGUGCUGGUUCAUCAGCUGCAGGAGGAUUACCACAAGCUGCUCACUAAGUACGCCGAAGCCGAAAAUACCAUUGACCGUCUGAGACUAGGAGCUAAAGUGCAUCUAUACUCGGACCCUCCACAACCAGGUCACAGUGUCCAGAUGGGAACAAUCUUUCAAGGAUCAAAAGUUAUGGAAUUUUCCAUACCAAAAGCACAGACUGCAACUUUCAGCUCAGAAAAUGAUCAUCAGGAGAUGGCAGAAGAGACGUCAGGUUCCUCUGAACAUCAAAAACUCUCUGAGACACCCCCCGUCCAUACCUUCCCAGAAACCUCUGGUUCUUCCUCUCUUCAUCCACCUGAAGACAUUGCUUCCGCUCUCACAUCACACUUAGAGGCCCUUUACCAAGAGGUUGGACUUUUUGAAGAAUUGCUUCUCAGUGGGCACUUGACGCCUGGAGAACAGCAGCAGGCAGUGAGGGAGUUACGUGGUUCACUGGAUGUUCUGGAACGAAGAUAUUUAAAGGCACAAGAACAGCAACGCACUGGGUCUGGAAACCUGACUGGCGAUCUAGAUCCACAAAGGGAACUCGAAGAAGCAAUAUUUCAACUUGGCGUCCAACUGGAAGAGUUACAAGAACAAGUAGAAAGCCCUGAUGUGUCUUCCCCAAACCCUCAGUUAAGAAAUACUGAAGACAGAAUUACAGCUCAUGAUUUAGGAAAUGCACCAGUUCCAUCAGCCUCAGUGCCUAUUCCUGCUCUUCAAACCCCAUACCCCCAGAUCUCGUCUCCAGAGCCCCCUGGCGUCUCUAAGGCAGAUGCAGAGAUAAGUAAGGAAGAUCCUGCAGAAUAUUUACCCCAGCCUCUACUCUACAAGCACAAGCAGGUGGAGCGAGAUUACGGCACCUUGUUAUCUACGUACAGCAGCUUCAAGUCUCUUCCUGAAGCUCUUGGAGUAGAGCAAGAAGAGUGGCCUCAGCAGCUUCCCCAGAAUACUAAACCACACGGCCAGCCCCAGGAUGACAAUUCAUCACAGGAUGCUACACAAAAAGGGAGAUCACCAGAUCACUCUGCUUCGGUUAUUGGACAAGAAGCUAGACAACAUAGAAGACAGAAAGAUCGUGUCACAUCUGCAAAGCCAUGGGAUCAUGAGGACCAUUUUCAGACUAUGAGUCCACGUGACCACCGUGAUCGUAGGCUGAAAGAGCACACACAGCCAGAUAGUAACCAAAGCCAUCCAGUGACUUCUACACCACAUCAACGAACUGAGCGGCCCCUUAAUACACCUGCUGGGACCAUUGUUGGACAUACACCGUCAGCCACAGUGCUGCGCAGAGCAUCAUCCAUAUUAAGUGGACAUAGAGAUUCUCCUAAUGAAGGAAAGCCAUCAGCAGUCAGAAGGAUGUCACAAGGCUCAAAAACAUUACCACAGAGUGUUUCUCUCACUUCUCCAUCGCCCCAUGUGAGAGAGCAGAACUCCAGGACCCCGUCAGCUGUGCCGUCUGUCAGCGGGGAGAACGCACGCAGCCCCCAAUCACAGAAAAGUAGCGGCAGCAGCAAGAGCCAAAGACCCUCGGCCCAGAAGAAACCAUUGAGGACGAGAGGAAACAUUGCUCAGAGGAGAAUUUUGUCCCCAGAAACUGACAGUGGAUUUCUUGGAUCAGAAAGCGGUCGCUCCCCAAUAAUCCAUAAGCAGAGGGAUCAACUAAGCCUCACUCGAGAAGUUCCAGAAGAUGUACCAGACCCCACUUCCAAUUCUCCAGUGAAAAGCGAGAAACGGUCCUCUAAGUCUGGUGACCACUUGUCCAGGACACGCACAGCAUUGUGGAACAAGAGGAAGCCAAAUAACCACUGGGCAGGACCCUCGGAAGCUAGCUCUCCUUCCCCUGGCCCCAAGAGCCUUACUGAAAGUGAAAGUAGAGAGCACACAGAUGAAUCAGGCUCCGAGCAGGAAGCAUAUAAUAAUGCCAGUGCCCAGGCCUCCCCCGGUGCCUCCCAGCUGCUAUCACCUAUGGAAGACCUGACGCCACCUCUUCAAGAUGUUCUGCAGUCUCGUACAGCAAGAGAUCAGGCCAUCCACAGUCUGCAGAAGGAAGUAAGUCAACUGCGGAAGAAUCUCGAAAAAAGUCUGAGUCGCCCACCAGUCGCAGGGAAACAAGGACAGACGGACACAAAUCGGAAGCUGCAUGAAGGGAGAGUUCCUAACUUCGCCUUAGACUUGGGUACUCCUAUAUAUAGACGUGUUCCUCCUGCGAGGGAAUCAACCAAUGAGCCCAUGUCUGGAGGCUUUGUGCCACGUGACCAUGAUCCAUGCCCUGGCGCUGCACAAGGUGGGCGAACCGUUCACGGCACUUAUACAGGGACUCCGUAUCACGUCUCAAGAUCUCCUCCUCUCCCCCGCAAAGAACAUUUUACAGUCCCACCUUGUCAGAGAUGUCUGGAAAAUGAAAGAAAAAAUUCUGAGUCCACAAAGACAUUAAAGAAAGAGAAGAACCCUCCAGUAAUACCACCAGAUUGCCCACUCUGCCAUGGGAACGACGAUGAUGCCCCGAGAAAUGCAGUGUUAAUUGGUGAAAAUAACCGGCAUUCUCGGAGGCGUCCACACUGCAACCACUGGAUCAUGAGCCAUACUCCUCCGGUGAACUACAUACAGCCUCCUGUUGUACAUUACAGCCCUCCGAUAGUAUACGGUACGCCAGCCAGCUAUUACACCCCAUUGGCAUAUCACCCACCAGAACAACGUCGCCCUGGGACUCCUCCACCGAGCUCAGAUAUCUUACUGCUGGAGGAUUUGACGUGGCCUCUAGACAGGGCUCUAAAAGCGGCCAAAGAACUGAAAAGCACCAGCAGGCGGAUGUGCCGAUCCCUUACUAUGGACCUCGGCAUAGAACGAGACUUUCGGGGCUCCUGUCUUUUCUAGAUGGACAAAAUCUCGAUACCAUUCCCUAGUGCCUGGAAUUGACGUUAAAUCUGUGAAUCAGCUUUUUGGCUAAGAUAACGUUUUAUUUUACCUAAUAUUGUAUGUCCUAAAAAUGCAGGUUACUCCGAAGUAUUGUUUUUCUCCUAAAUUUAAAGGAGUACUCCGGUGGAAUUUUUUUUAUUUUUUAUGAACUGGUGCCAGAAAGUU